UGACUCCAAUCACGUGAUUGAAAGUUUUACCAGUCAGUAGGAGUGUGAAACGUCACAAUGAACACUGAAUAACAUAUAGAGUAGAGAGAACCCAGUGCCGCCAUGCUCGUCGCAACUUUUGUCCUUAUAUUCGUCACGUUGGCGUCCGGUGGUCGCUACACACCCGACUGGACGAGUUUGGACGGCCGGCCGCUGCCUUCCUGGUACGACGAGGCGAAGGUGGGCAUCUUCAUCCACUGGGGGGUGUUUUCCGUCCCCGGUUUCGACAGCGAGUGGUUCUGGUGGCACUGGCAAGGUCGGCAACCUCCGGACCCCAAAUGCGUGGCCUACAUGACCAAAAACUACCCCCCGGGGUUCAGCUACCCGGAGUUCGCGUCCCAAUUUCACGCUCAGUUCUUCGAGCCCGAACAGUGGGCGGAUAUAUUCAACGCUUCUGGAGCAAAAUAUGUCGUUUUGACAGCGAAACAUCAUGAAGGUUUCACCAACUGGGCAUCCCCCAACUCUUGGAAUUGGAAUUCCGUCGAUAUUGGUCCUCACAGAGACCUUGUCGGCGACCUGGGGGAGGCAGUGCGAAAGAGGUCUCUGCGCUUUGGACUCUACAACUCCCUUUACGAGUGGUUCCACCCUCUAUACCUGACGGACAAGCAGAGUGCGUUCAAAACGCAGAACUUUGUGCUUCACAAGCUACUACCGGAGCUGUACAACAUGGUUGUGAGGUACAGACCCGAGGUGAUCUGGUCUGAUGGCGACUGGGAGGCGCCUGACACAUACUGGAACUCCACCCAGUUCCUUGCCUGGCUCUACAACGAUAGUCCUGUUAAAGAUACAGUGGUGACCAAUGACAGAUGGGGAGCUGGCUGUGCAUGUAAACAUGGAGGUUAUUACAACUGCGAAGACAAGUAUACUCCAGGCCAGCUGCCCACACAUAAGUGGGAGAAAUGCACAUCUGUGGACAUGCUGUCUUGGGGAUAUCGCAGGAACAUGAAGAUGAGUGAGCUCAUGGACCUGCCAACCAUCAUAAAGGAUCUGGUUCAGACUGUGGCGCUGGGAGGUAACUACCUCCUAAAUGUGGGCCCCACUCCUGACGGAACGAUCCCGGCUGUGUUUGAGGAGCGGCUGCGGGGAGUUGGCGGUUGGCUGGAAGUCAACGGGGAGGCCAUCUACGCCUCCAGGCCUUGGAGGGUGCAGAUGGAAAACGCCUCUGUGCCAGUCUGGUAUACUUCCAAAGCGGAGAGUAUUUAUGCCAUCUUGACAACUAAACCCCGCAAGCCGACAGUGCAACUUUUGGAACCCAAAACAUCAGCAACCACUAAGGUGAAGUUGUUGGGGAACCCAAAGCCUUUAUCUUGGUCUCCACUCAAGCCCAAUGCCGGCCUUGCGAUUCUUUUGCCCGAACUCCCCUACGCUGCGGGGCAAGCCUGGACCAUCCAGCUGGAAGGCGUACAAUGAACAGUCAAUAUCACAAGGUACAAAGCUUAAAACGUCGAAAUCUGAACAUGAUUUAUACGUAUUAUGUUUGGACUCUACCCGACACCAUAAAUGAAAUAAUUGAGGAUUAUUUGUUAUGGUGACAGACAGUUCAUAAAUGUCAUUGAAUGAUGAUUGUUGAGGAAAAUAAUGUUCUUUUUCAUUCAAACUCACGUUCACACCUAUCGACAAUUCAGUCUUCAAAUAAAACAAUUCUUCUUGGAAUGUGGGAAGAAACGGAAAUGCCCACAGAAAAUCCACACAGGCACGGCGAGGACAUUCAAACUCCAGGCUUUGUUCAAACAAAUCUUCAAAUAAACCCACCCCAUGUAUCAUAUCUACUGUAUCCUGUUCGGGAUCAUUGAGCGCUGGACUCGUUGCAAUUAUUAUUUUCUGUAUUCAGGUUUGAUGUGUUAAUGACUAUAUAUGGCAAUAAAGACACAACAGCCUUGUUUAACUGGCUAAAAUAGCUUUAUAGUAAUCAUAUUAAUAGUAAUAAUAUUAUUAGCCGUUAGAAAAUGUUUAGACAACGUAGACCGUGUUACAUUCUGUGUUGAGGGGUAAACCACGUCACAGUGUGCCAUCUCUCUGGGCUCCUUGGACACGUCCAGAGCCGUAAAACGUUUGCAAUAAAUAAUACAAAUUGGGAUGUAUACAAUUUAGACCGACGACACAACAAACUGAACCAUGAAGCAUGAUCCCAAUCAACAUAUCUUCAAGUCACUGUGGUGUUGCUCACGCAUGCAUCUUCUCCACCCGUCGUCUCUGGAGUUAUCAGACAUAUCUUAAUGGUAUUGCUACUGUAUAUGCCCCAGAUGUUUCUUUUCAAACGACAACAACAACAAAAAAAAAAGAUUGUUUUCUAUGUACAAUAUGCUGUCUUGGCACU